UUGUUAGAACAAUGUACAUGGUUAAAAAUGCCACAGUAUCCUAUGUCGAAUGUGUUAUUCUCCCAACACAAGGGUGCGUUUUCAGCAAAUUAAGCCCCACAAAUUCUACCGUUAGACUAGACGCCAGCUUUAUAGCUGUCAGCUGCGCAAGACGAUGAGCGAGAACCCUACAGGGAACUUGCUGACUCCUAAUCAGAACUGAGACUGACAGCAUCCAGUCAUCAUUUAGCCCAACAAACUAAUAAGGAAGAAAAAGCUAUGUCAAGACAUGUAUGCUAUUGCGUCAGCAAUGUUCAAAUUCUAAUUCUCACGAGGUUUUGUCAUAUGUGAUACUCAGCCUACUCCCAAUCCGAAAUAUACAUUGCCCACUUUCUGGGAUUCUAUGACCAUAAAUGAAACCACACUCAAAACAGUGUUCUUUACUUCAGUAUUAGGAAUAAAAUCGUCAGUUUGGGACUAAUAGUUAUCCAUUUCAUCUCUGUGAUUUCCUGAUGGUCUUCCAUUUAAAACAAAACAAAACCAGUCUCAAUCCUCAAUGAGACCUGGUAUCUCUCUAAAGCUGACAACCAACACACCAUUAUAAAUAUUGUAUAAAGGAGAUUUUUUUAAAAAAAGAUUAUCUACGUCCCAAUUGGGGAUCUGCAUCAAAAGAAAACUAGCAACAAAGGGUAAAAUUUAAGUGCUAUUAGUGGUCUAAAUAUAAAGUUCUCUUUUGUUUAGAUAGAUCUUGGGCUAAUCAGGAGAAGAGGGGAAGGAACUGGUCCUGGAAAGAUGGGUAGGAUUCUGAGAAGAGAGGAAUAAGGGUAUUAAAGGUGUAAUCAAAAGCAUGGAAGGAACCUACAACACUGACUUCUGGCCAUCAACGCUACCUGUCAAACUCAUUCUUAAUUAUAUACAUAAAUGAAGAAGCUUACACAACUAGGCAAUGGUCGUCAAAAUUAGAACUGGAGUCUUCAGAAUUCCAACUGUAGACAUUGACAGUGUGCGCUAACAACUUUGAAGCAAAGGAUUUAUUUGGGAAACAAAGAGGGAGAGGUUUAGAAUAAGAAGUUGGUGUGUUAAUGGAAUGUACUUUCGUGAGAAUUUAAGGAUUUGGACUCUUCUCUGCACCGUGAAAUGUAAAACUGAAUGCUCAGGCGUAGCUACCAGGUGGUUUCUCUUACUUGAUUUUGUUUUGUGUUUGCUCUUAAAUCUGUUUUACAUUGCGCAAUUUUUGCACAAAUGCAUUGAGUCAGUGUUCCUACCUGACUUUGCAGAUGAGGAGCAGAUCGUGCCGUACUAGGACCUGCCCAUAAACUCUCCCUGGAGGGCGGGCGGGCGGUGCGCGCCCGGCGGCGGAAGAGAAUUGGCCCUCCGCAGCCACCGUCAGGCCCGUCCAAUCAGGGCUCCGCGGGAAGAGGCGGGCUGGAGUGGCGCGCGCUGCGCUGCUGGCUGUAUUGCGGGGAUUUCGGCAUGGAGGAAAUUUAUGCCAAGUUCGUGUCUCAGAAAAUCAGCAAAACCCGCUGGCGACCGGUACCUUCGGGGAGUUUGCAGACCGCGGAGACCUUCGCUACGGGCUCUUGGGACAACGAGGAAAAUCGUGUCUUAUUGUGGUCUAUUGGCGAUUUGGGGAACUUGGACUCUGAUGGAGGGUUUGAAGGAGACCACCAGGUAUUGUGCGGUAGCAGGCACUACGGUGACGUUAUGGAUUUACAAUUUUUCGACCAGGAAAGAAUCGUAGCUGCUUCGUCAACAGGAUGUGUUACAGUUUUCCUUCACCAUCCCAACAACCAGACUCUGUCAGUCAGCCAGCAGUGGACAACAGCUCACUACCACACGGGUCCAGGCAGUCCUUCCUGUAGCAGUGCACCAUGCACAGGUGUUGUGUGCAAUAGCCCAGAGAUUGUCACAGUUGGAGAAGAUGGUCGAAUAAAUCUCUUCAGAGUUGAUCACAAGGAAGCUGUGAGAACUAUAGACAAUGCAGAUAGCAGUACACUGCAUGCUGUAACCUUCCUUCGAACUCCUGAGAUUCUUACAGUAAAUUCAAUUGGACAAUUAAAAAUAUGGGAUUUCAGACAACAAGGAAAUGAGCCCUCUCAAAUAUUAUCACUGACUGGUGACCGAGUGCCACUCCACUGUGUUGAUAGACAUCCCAACCAGCAGCAUGUUGUAGCUACUGGGGGCCAGGAUGGAAUGUUGAGUAUUUGGGAUGUUAGACAUACUAUGCUUGUGUCUCUGCUGAAGGCUCAUGAAGCUGAAAUGUGGGAAGUUCACUUUCACCCAUCCAACCCAGAUCAUCUAUUUACCUGUUCUGAAGAUGGAUCCCUGUGGCAUUGGGAUGCCUCCACAGAUGUGCCUGAAAAAUCAUCACUCUUUCACCAGGGAGGAAGAAAUAGUACAUUUUUGUCUCAUAGCAUUAGUAACCAGGCUAAUGUUCACCAGUCUCUUAUAAGCUCCUGGCUCAGCACUGAUCCUGCGAGAGACCGGAUUGAGAUCACAAGCUUGCUUCCCAACAGGACUUUGUCUGUGAACAGUUUGGAUGUUUUAGGUCCUUGUCUUGUUUGUGGAACCGAUUCAGAAGCAAUUUAUGUUACUAGACAACUUUUUUCAUGAAAAUACUAUAAUUAUAAGAUAUCAGGUAAAAACAUACAGAUAGCCUUUCAAAUUCCAACUUCUCUGCAAACUUUUAUUAAUGAAAAAUGUGACGUUUGUAGUAAACUCAUUAAUGGCAAUGCCCAGGUUUGGAUUUUGUUAGCUGGAUAGUCUUCUAACAGUUGCAGAAUCUGUUAGGUGACUGAUGGCACAGGAACGGGAACUUGUGGAAGAAUGUCAGAGGGAUCCUCGUGUUGAUGAAUACACUGCCUUCAGACACCCUCCUGGAUAGCUCGUGGAAGCUGCUCUUCAUUUCUGAUGUGAGCUGUCAAAUCACCAACGGGUUCCUGUCCUUGUUAUCAACAGUAUGUGGCAUUAACCAGUGUUAGCUUUUAUUCUUUUUAUUGCAAAUGUUUUCUUCAAUCCUUUCACAUUUUAUUUCUUUAAUAAUUUUAAUAAACUUUUCCAGAAAUAAUUGAGUAGAACAAAAAACUGACAAAUUUUUUUAAAGGGGAAAAUGUUUUGACAGGUUCCUUUAAUAGACUAUGUUUGAACAGAACUUUAUCAACUGCUUAUACCCAACUUUAUUUUUCUUGAAAAGAAAAAAGAAAAUGCAAUUUUUCUUAAGGAUUUUUGCCUUUGUUUAGUUUUAUAGUGUAGUCGAAAAUUGCCAAACUGGACAUUAUGCAUUAAAAUAGAAUUUGACAUUGAUAAGUGAGCCGAUUUUGAAACUAACAUUUGAUAGGUAACAUGUAUGAGAUUAGUGUGAUAGUGUGGUAAGAGUAAAGAAUUUUGCUGUCUUUAUCCUUAUUGGAAAUGUUAAUGAUGACCUUCCAUAGUGUUUUGAGACAGUAGUAUGACAUUGUCUUUCCAUAAUGUGUUAGAUUAAAUGCAUUAUUGAAGUGUGUUCAUGUGCUUUAUAAUUCCAAUAAUAGUAAUUAUGGUAAAGUUUUGUUCUUCUCCCUUAAUAUUUUCAAAAAAUUUUAUGCCACCUUAUCUCAGGGUUUUUUGUUUUUGUUUCUUUGUCAGUAUUUAAAAAUGGAAUAUGUAUAUGAAUCUGCUUUUUUAUAUUUGGCUCAAAAAUGUUUCAUUAAAGAUAAUAAGUAACUGAAUUCCACAUAAUUAGAAGGAAAGAAAAUGUUGCUGAUAGGAAUUUUUAACCUGUUUAUAAUGUUAUUGCUGGGAUCAAUUUUUUAAAAUUUCUGUUAUUACAAAAGUAAUUCAUUACAGAAAAACAAAUCUUAACUACUUAUAGCCUCAACUAAUAGUCUUUUAUAUUUCUUUUAUUCAUCAGUGUAUAUAAUUUGUUUUGUGAAAAUGAAAUAUAUAUUUGUAGAUGCACAUUACCUACCAGUAAACACAUGGGUUCAAUCAUAUAAACAUAGCUAUGAAUUUUC